ACAGUGGCUCCGACAGACUUUUUCGUGGCAGUCGUGGGCAACGAGGAGCGCGCCGCACCAUUCGGAGAUAAUUGUUGCUUCCGCAGCAGCGAUGAGGAAGGGCUCAUCAAGGAGAUCAUUAGUCAGUGCUUUGAGAGCAUCCUCCUCCUCACCUUCGUUGAGGGCAGAGUAGUAGGGGAAGCACUCUGCAAAGCAAUGCUCUCCUUUUUUUUCUGCCGAAUCUAUCAACCCGAGCAGGGACGUGUAGACGCACAGUACCUUUUGUCAACGAAGGAGCUAAUGACUUCAUCCAGUACCGAUGCGAACGCUUCAAUGGCAUUAAUGCAAUCAUCGAGGCUGAUAAUGGAGGUCACAAACUGCUGCGCUAUAUGCGCAAUGAACGUUGUGCCAGAGGAGUCUUCUCUCAUGCUUGUGGAACAGCGCCUUACAGUUGAUAUGUGCCGCGCUGUGGAAUGCACGGCAGAGAGCUUUCUACGUCUCACGGAAAGCACGGCUGCGAUCGUUGGUUGCUACGUUGCGUCUGUUGGACUGUACGUGCAGGAGACUAUGUGCAACCCUAUCAAUCCCCGCCUCCUCGCUUCUGAGGCACGCACAUUGAAGAAAAAGCUGUCAUGCUACUCAGUGUGCAGCGAAAAGCGUGUGAGCAGUUGUGUUCGACUUCAAGACGUCCGCACAUGGUCUUUGGUGAUCAAUGAGAAGAGCCACUUUAGCCCCGUGGAGCUGGGACCGUAUUUUAUCAGCCUCAAUCCGCAGCUGAUUGUCGGCGAGAAGCUGGCGCACAAAUUCACGAGGAUCGCACCUACAUCGCUGGAGAGGACAAAUGCGUCGCCGUUGGACUUUUGUGUGAUGCCACCGUCUGCGGAUGAUGACACGCUGCACCGUAGCAUCUAUCUCCCGCACUGUAGGGUACGCCGUUAGGGGUUCGCUGUAUGGUUGAAGCCGGAGUGUGGCAUGGUGUAUGUGAGUGAAAGGCUCAUCACGGAGGAGACGCCGCUGGAGCCGAAUUAUCGUAUCGUUCUCGGGAAGCACCUCGCCUUCCGUUUUGUGGAAGUGGGCACAGAGCUGCCGCGUGCAAGCGACUCGCGCAUUCUAGACUGGGAGCUUUGCUCCAAGGAGUUCCGGCAGGAGAGAGUGCAAGCGGUAGAAAGAGGAGCAGCGGCGGCGCUGGUGCACGAUAACAGCGGCCUGCAGGCCCGCUGUGAGGACCUCGAGGCACGACUGCAGCACGCGUGUGGCGGCUCGCGGGUAAUGCUCACAAACCUGCCUUCCACAUACUGUGGCGCGCUGCUGUGGCCGUUCGACCUGCGCAAGCACAACAGUGAGAUCACCAUCGGUCCUCAAGGUGACGUGCAGUUGCCAUUCCUGGUAAACACGGCCGCCAUUAAGCACACAAUGGACGGCCUCGUCUUUCAGUGUGGCAGCGCCAACGUUCCCCUCACCAACGGGCCCCGGUUCACUGCGGGCAGCAUCGCUUUCGCCAUUAGCCUCGAUGAAAGCGUUGUACCAAGUCGGGUGUGCAAGGAGGACAGACCCAAAGCCCGUGAGUCUCCAGAAACAAUGCUGGAGAUGCAGUGACGCUUCUUCUUGCAGUGGUCUGUUGGGGCGCUUUUUCUUCGUGUUCCAGGCCAAGUGCCUGAAAGCACGGCAGGAGGAAGUGAAGUGCUUCGUCUACCGAAAUUGACUGUACGACAUCCGCGUAUUGCGACCUCCAUCUCUUUAGCCAGCCGAUAUUGCAGCACUGAACGUGCAGAUCACGACAGCGGUGCGGGGCUCAUAGCUGCUGGGCUGGCAAAAGAGCUGCGCGAACACGUCCCUCUGUCGCUGGAGUCUUCACCUCGCGAUGAGGUGGCCAUCAGCGCAAAGACAGAGACAUUCCUCAAGGCAGCACAGGAGAAGUCCUCCCUUUCUGCAGCCAUCACGGCGAAGCUGCAUGAGGACAUUGGAACUGUGCUGAUGGAGAACUGCAACAGCUGCGCAGUGGGCUCCCUCAAAACGUCACAUUUACCCGCUGAAAGAGCGCCCACGCGUGUGCUGGCUCGGCUUCUUCCACGAAGGCGAUGCUCCUGCGCCAAGGUAACGUGUUUUCUGGCCUCUUCGACCGAUGUGCACCGAGCGAGUAGCACCGUAGAUCUGCUCAAGGUGAGCGUCAACGUCAAGGCACUGUGAAAACGACAUGUGCUGCAGCUCAACGCCUUGGUAAUGCCAUUUUUCAAAAAGGGUAAACAUCAAGCUGCUCGGCUUCUCCUGCUCAUCGUGGAUGAUGUGCUUUCGACGGACUACUGCAUGCGGCGGCACAUGCUGUCGGCGACUGAAGCGGAUGGAAUGGAGGAGCAGCUUAUGCAGUGGCAAAAGUGGGCAGACAGGUGCGUGAUCGUUUUGGACAACUAGAUGCAUUCAUCUCACAGUACGUGGAAGCACAAGGCGGCUCUGCAGGGCAAGCCUACGCCGCUGAUUCGGCACAGCAUGGGCAAACCUCAGAGCGACACGCACGUGUUCGACCGGCGGGCGGCGCCGUCUGGCAGUGCAUUCCGCAAGGCGAGGCUCUCAUGCACCACGCUGAGUCACACGUCCGUGCCGCCACGUAUCGCUGGUGGCCUUCACAGAAGUCGUUCGCACCUCUCCACUGCCUAUGUGGGCAAGAGACCGCACAGUCUAAGUUCCUUCGCGACUUUUCGCAAAUCGAGCGUGUCCUCUGCCACCUGCUUGAGAGUGGGAACUUGCCAACUGCGUGGAACUUCUCUUUUUCAGUGGACGCCAACGGGA